GGCCUCCAUCGGCACCGCUCGGCCCCGCUCGGCCCUGCCCGGCUCCACCCCGAUUGGCCCCGCCCCGACUCGGCCUCGCUCGGCUCCGCUCGGCCCCGCUCGGCCCUGCCCUGCCCUGCCCUGCCCGGCCCGGCCGCGCUCGGCUCGGCUCGGCCCCGCUCGGCCCGGCCCGGCCCGGCUCCGCUCGGCUCGACUCGGCCCCGCUCAGCGCGGCCCGGCCCGGCCGGCACCAUGCUGGCGCUCUUCAACAAGCUGCUGGACUGGUUCCGGGCGCUGUUCUGGAAGGAGGAGAUGGAGCUGACCCUGGUGGGGCUGCAGUACUCGGGCAAGACCACCUUCGUCAACGUUAUCGCGUCAGGACAGUUCAAUGAAGACAUGAUCCCCACAGUGGGUUUCAACAUGAGGAAGAUCACCAAAGGGAAUGUUACCAUAAAGCUCUGGGACAUCGGGGGGCAGCCACGGUUCCGCAGCAUGUGGGAGAGAUACUGCCGUGGAGUGAGUGCCAUCGUGUACAUGGUGGAUGCUGCUGACCAGGAGAAGAUAGAGGCCUCUAAGAAUGAACUGCACAACCUGCUUGACAAGCCACAGCUCCAGGGCAUCCCGGUCCUCGUCCUGGGGAACAAGCGGGACCUGCCCGGUGCCUUGGAUGAGAAGGAGCUCAUUGAGAAGAUGAACCUCUCUGCCAUCCAGGACCGAGAGAUCUGUUGCUAUUCCAUCUCCUGCAAAGAAAAGGACAACAUUGACAUCACCCUACAGUGGCUUAUCCAGCACUCGAAGUCCAGGCGAAGCUGAGGUCCCGCGGGCCUGGCUCGGAUUGGGAAGAUGCCAUUGUCCAAGCCCAUGCCCCUCUCUCCUGCUCUGUCCCUCCAGCUCUCUCUCUAGAUGGGUAUUUUUAGGGGACCCCAGACUCUGCUGAUAUUGGGGCAGAGUCCUUGUUUUUAUUGUAAAGAAGAUGUCUGACUGCCCUCCUCUCCCCCUUUCCUCUCCUCCCCCUCUCUUCCUCCAUUUUGGCACUGUUCUGUUGUUGUCUGUGUAUACAGUAUAUAUAUAUGUAUAUAUAUUUUAAUUUUUUAAUUUAAGGGAUAGUGCUGUUAUUAAAUUGGGCCCUGUGAGCAGUAGGAAAGCUGGGGCUCCCCAAGGUCAGCCAAGGGUCAGCAUUGGGAGGAGGAGGAGGGUGGUAGCAGAAGGCAGCCCUUGGGGAUGGGGCUGUGCCAGCUGCAGGCAGGUCCCCUGGGGCUCCCUUUCCCUUCUCUGGGUGUCCUGCUGCUGCCUCUAGGCAGAGAUCACCCUGGGGGUGUUGGGGGUGCCCACCUUGCCCUGCCUGCCCCGGCUUGGGGAGGGGGGGCGUGUCAAUGCCACCUGCAGGCUCCUCACCCCUCCGUGGGACAGGGAUUAGCCACAAGCCACUGCCAUCAGCCUCCCCCUCCCGCCUCCACUUCCCUAACCCUUCUCUGGGGUCCAGGGCCACUUGUCCCCCUGCCCUGUGUGUCCCCUGCUCUUGUGCCUGGGCCAAAUCCUGCCCACUGCCCAGCCUGGCUGCUCGGGGGAUGAGCGGGGGCACUGGUGCCAGUGCUGGGGGCCCAGCAAUGCCAGCAGCCCCUGGGGGAGCUGGGGGCUGGCACCUGCCUCCCACCUGUCCCAGGGCUGCCUCAGCCCCAUGUAACCUCUCGGGACAGCUGUGCUGGCUCCCCACGUGCCAAGUGGCAUCGCCUGUGCCCGGCUGGGGCUGCUGGCUCUGCCCUUGCCAGGGACAUCCCUUGGGAUGCCAGAGAGGGAGGGACACAUGGAGGCACCUGGAGACACACUCAGAACAUCCGUGCACCCUCAGUGCUGCUGACCAGACCCAUGGGUUAUGCUCUGUGCCCCAUGCCCUGCUCCCCAUGCCCUGCUCCCCAUGCCCUGCUCCUCAUGCCACCCCUGCUCUGCUGCCCUGGCUGGGAGGCACGGGAGCUGUGGGGCAGGGGGCAGCAGGGCCUGUGGGUACAAUGGUCAGGUCUGUGUGUGCACGGGGGGGGGGACUAUGGAAGUCCUGUGGGGUGACAAAGGCUGUGGCUGUCUGUGCCAUGUCUGUGCCAUGGGCUGGAGCUCUGAGGUGCAGCCUGGGGCCUGGCCAGGUUGUUUGGGGCCAGUCUGGGGGGACUGGGCUGGCACUGGAGGGUGGGUGUGCAGAGGAGGCAGCUGCCGGUCCCAGCGCAGGGCUGGGGCACAGGGUGGAGAUGGCCGGGGGGGGCUGCAGCCUCUCAGCCUCUUCCCCCUCGGCUCCAGGGCAUCAGGCCAGGAAUUUACCUUCUGUUCUUGUUUUUGCAGAAUUGCACAAAGAGAGGUUUCUUUUUGUUGUUUUUUUUUUUUUUUAAUUUAACGACUUGUAAAGUGUUGUCUCCCCCCCACCCCCCCCUUUUUUUUUUUGUAAGAGAUAUUUUGACUCAGAUUUGACCUCUGUUGGGAAAUGAUUCUUGUAACUGUACAAUUUUUUUGCCUCCGAAUAAUAAAUUAACAAUUUUGCGUUG